GAGAUCGGCAGGCUGUGUUGUGGAGCUUACCUUCUAGCUUCUCCCCUAAUCCCUUCUUCCACCCGGUUGGGACGAGGUGUUGACAGUUAUGAGACCGGGCGAGGAGCUGCCUGGAGAGGGCGGCGGCGCCGUCCCGGAGGUAGAGCUGCUGAAGCGCUGCGCCGCUGAGUGCAUCGACGAGGCCGCGGAGCGGCUGGGGGCCCUGAGCCGAGAGAUCUGGAGCGAGCCGGAGCUCGCCUACCAGGAGUACCGGGCCCACGGCGCCCUGACCCGCUUCUUCGAGCAGGAGCCGCAGGCCGCCUUGUGGACCGUGCAGCCGCACUACAAGCUGGACACGGCCUUCAGGGCGGAAUGGGAGUCUGCGGCCCCGGAGCCCGGGCGCUCCACGCCGCUGCACCUGGGCUUUCUCUGCGAGUAUGACGCGCUGCCGGGCAUAGGGCACGCCUGUGGCCACAACCUGAUCGCCGAGGUGGGCGCAGCGGCCGCCCUGGGUCUGAAGGGGGCGCUGGAGAGCCACCCGAACUGUCCGCCAGUGAAGAUCACUGUCCUGGGCACUCCCGCAGAAGAAGAUGGAGGUGGCAAAAUUGACUUAAUUGAAGCUGGAGCUUUUAAAAAUCUCGAUGCUGUUUUUAUGGCUCAUCCAUCCCAAGAAAAUGCUGCUUAUCUGCCUGAUGUGGCUGAGCAUGAUGUGACUGUGAAAUACUAUGGAAAAGCUUCUCAUGCUGCUGCUUAUCCUUGGGAAGGUCUAAAUGCAUUAGAUGCUGCCGUUCUUGCGUACAACAAUCUGUCAGUUUUAAGACAGCAAAUGAAACCCUCUUGGAGAGUUCAUGGCAUAAUUAAACAUGGUGGUGUGAAACCUAAUAUCAUUCCCUCAUACUCUGAAUUAGUCUAUUAUUUGCGUACACCCACAAUGAAAGAGCUUCCAAUUUUGACAAAAAAAGCAGAAGAUUGCUUUAAAGCUGCUGCUUUGGCUACAGGAUGCACAGUGGAAUUAAAAGAUGGCAUACAUGACUACUAUAAUGUUCUUCCUAAUAAGAGCCUCUGGAAAACUUACAUAGAAAAUGGAAAAAAGCUGGGAAUAGAAUUUAUUUCAGAAGAUUCUAUGUCAAAUUGUCCAUCAGGUUCCACUGACUUUGGAAAUGUUACUUUUGUGGUUCCUGGAAUUCACCCGUAUUUUUAUAUUGGUUCUGAUGCACUGAAUCAUACUGAGCAAUAUACUGCAGCUGCAGGAUCCCAAGAAGCACAAUUCUACACUUUGCGUACUGCUAAGGCUCUGGCGAUGACGGCCCUCGAUGUGGUUUUCAAGCCAGGUUUGCUGGAAAGAGUCAGAGAGGACUUUAGACUUAGUCUUCAAGAAGAAGAGAUUUUGAAUGCUACAGAACAAAGCCAAGACCUUAGCACAACUUGUGAAUCACGUUAAGAAUCAGUUCUUCCAUUAAUGAGGUAGGAUAGGAUUGCUUUUUUUUCCUCUAGGAGCAAGUUUCUGGUAUUUUGAAAUUGUGUGACACAAUAAGAGGGGAAAAUACAUUACCUCGUGUAAUCUAAAAUCAAUUUUCACAGAUCUAUAUUUCAUGAGAAUUUAAAUGUACAGAAAUGGACAUAGUUGGAACUUAGUAUCUCAGUACUCAGUCCUCAUAACACAAAUGACAGGUAUGUUAUAUACAUAGCUGCAGAUCUAUAUAUGUGGUACUGCAAAGGUUAAUGUUGAAAAGAAUAAGGUUUAAAAUCUAAUGUUCAGUAGAAUUAAUAUGCUUUUGGGAGCUAUAGGUACAAGGUAAUCAAGAUAUACUGUGAAGAUAUUUUUUAAAUAUGGGAAUAGCUUUUUGUAGGCUUAUUUACUAGAGAUAUCUGAUGUAUAUUAAUUCUGUGUGAAUAUUUUAAAAAGAAGUGAGAGGAAAAGGAGCCAGGGAAGCUUGUAUGUGCUGUGAAUUUUGUGAAUUGUUAGCCUUGGUGAUCUAGUAUAAUGAUAGUAAUACUUAAUCUGAAAUAGAAUCAGUAAGGAGGAACAUUUGACUUGUGUGUUCAAGUCUCUUAAUCUUUCUGGGUUUCUGUUUCCUUUCUUUAUGAAAGGAGAGAAUUGAAGGAGGGCUGCUCUUGAUUUUUUGUAGCUGUAAAAUUCUAUGGUCUGUACUCUGUCCCCAGAUUUAAAGUUCCCCAUCAAUAGAUCUUUUAGGUAUAUGGUUUCUGGGGCUAGGACUUGAGAAUUAUAUAUUCCUUUCUUUACACAAUGCACAUAAGGAAAAGCACAUUUCCCCACUGAUUUUUAUUAUACAGCUAGAGCUUUUCCUGUGAACUGAGAUGGAAACUUUAAGUGAGGUUAAGAUAAUGGACAGUCAGUCCUGUGACGUACUCACCAUUGAAGGAUUCUAUCAGCACCGUCCUUUGUGGGAGCUGUGGUUUCCACUUAACAAUUCACUGUCCUUGCUCAGACUUUCUUUGUUCUGGAAUUUGCCUUUGGUCUUCAGACAACGCCAUUGCUUUCCAUGUCCUUAAAUUUCCCAGGACAAAAAACCUUUCUACAUAAUGGUUUGCAGAACUUUCCUCCCCAUUUUCUCCUGCUUGGGUAUUUAACAGCAAGUAGCCUUGGGUAAUUAUAACAUAUUUCUCAUUUAGUAUGGACAUCGAAGCAUUUGAAAAUAUGAGGCUUUGGGUAUGUGAAGCAAAUUUAUUGCUUGCUUCAUCAGUUUGGCAUACGUAGCCAAUAUACAAUAGUACAUAGCUAAUAUACAUAGCCAAAGUACAAGUUUUCAGUUUGGCAUAGCCAAUGUACUUACAGGGAAGCUGCAACCGGAAGGAAAAAAUACAUUAUUUUAUUGUAUUCUCCAAACACUAAUGAUAUUCUUGCAAUCCUCAUUCCCUUUGUGACUUUGUUCCUGCCACUUUCCUUGCCAAGAAAGUUUCUCCUAUGACAAAUGAAUUACUUGAGCCAAACCCCAUGUGGAACUGAAAUAUGCUGUUUUUCCAUGUGAAAGAAAUAUAACCAUGAACUUCAUAUUCUAGUUUUUAGGCAUGACUGUAACUCAUCUCUGUCACCUAAUUUGAAAUUAGCAGGCAGGAUCCCCCAUGCUGGAAGCUAAUCUCUUUGGAAUUUGCUUUCUGUGCCACACUUCCUUAGUAACCUUCAUCCUAAUGGACUGAGGCCAGAAUCUUUGGAUUUUUCAAACCAAUCUUCAGCCUUAUUCUUCCUGGUCUUUAUUUUCAUGGUUUGCCAUUUUAGAGGACAGAGGAAAGUAAAAAUUAAAUGAUCUUUGAGUAUUAUUUUUAGGCAAGAGCAAAUGGAGGUAUAGAGGAUCUAUUUAUUUUUGGUGUGCUGAUCAUUUUUUAUUCCUUCUGCUUUUUUGGGUAAAUUGUAUGUGCAUUUUUUUGAAGGGGGGAAAUUAAGUGCCUUUUUAAAAUUAGUUUGAACAGUGACAUGACUUGAAAAAAAUGCCAUUCCUAAUAGAUUUAGAGAAUAUUUGUUAUGUGCCCUGUUUUAAAUGCUGUGAUUGACUUCAAAUCAGAGGAGUCCUGUGUUCAUGUCCCCCUUCUAUCAACAGCUUUGUCACCAUGGACAAGUCACUUAGUUUCUUCCUCUAUGAAGUAGUAGAUAUUAAUCCCUAUUGUGCCAGAGGAUUGAAAAAUAAUGUACAUAAAAGAAUUUUGCAAAUAUAUUCUCUCUCCUAUUAGACUGUAAGCUCUUUGAAGCCAGGACUGUGACUUAGUCAUUUUUGUUUCUACAUCACAGGGCGUUGUGCAUGGGUGUUUAAUAAAUACUUGCUGAAAAAAUAUUACAGAAUCUCAGAAUUUGAUUUUAAAAGAACUGCUAGUGGUCAGCUAGUGCAAUAUACACAUGAAAAGAAUCCUCACUAUAACAUUCCCAAGAAGUAUGUGUAGCCUUUUCUUAAAGACUUCCAAGGGGAGGCAGUCUGUUCCACUCUUAGACCACUCUGUUAGGUAGUUUUUCCUGACAUCAAGCCUAAUUUGGCUCUUUGCAGUUCCACCUUUUAUAACUUCCUUCUUUUUAAAUCAAGGGAAUGGAAUAACCUUGGAGAUUAUAAGAUAAAUUAUUAGACUCUAAUGACAAAUUUUGUGGCUACAGCAACGUAUACUUCUUGGAAAAGAGAAAUAAUAAAUUAUUUAUGAGCUAUUAUCUCUAAAGUGAGUGGAUGAAGAAAGUUUCUUAACAAUUACUUUUCAUCCUUUGUGAGUAAUAGUCAAAUUUUGGGGGGAAAGUUAAGUGAAUUAGUGAUAAAUUUUGAAUUACAUAAUUUAAAAAGAAAUUGUUUUAUUAACUCCCCCUCUCCCCCAAUUUUAGACACUAGGUAAUUCCAUUUCAGUGAGUAGAAUUACAUUAAUUAGGUCUACACUUAAGUCAGUUAAGUGAACAUUUAUUGCAAGUCUAUGUGCAAAGCACACAUAUUUUUAUAUAUUGUAUGACAGGCUGAAACUUUUUCCGCAGUAAUUUAAGUUAGUUAAGCAUGAUUUUGUAUAAUCUUUUGUUUAUCAUUUGCUUAAUAUACUUUUUUUUCAGGAAUUACAUAUGUAAAUUUUGGUUUAGCAUGAAUUUUGAGUUAGCUUGAAUUAGACCUAAUGUAAUUACAGAUUCAAGUUCUUUUUGGAGAAAAAAAAACAAAGGUAUGUGGUGGGAUUAUUGAUUUGAAAAACAAGUCCUACGGCUCUGUAUGGAACCUGUAAUGACAAAGUUUGUGUGUACUUCCAGCAACUUGAACUGUUUCUUUCCUCACCUUCUUCUUAUUUCUGUAGCAUUUAUUUGUAAAAGAACAAGGUGGAUAUGAAUCACUAAUCAUUGUGGUAUUUCCAUGUUCCUCAGAAUAUAACAAUGAAUUAAAACCAUGGUAUUUAUUUACAAUCCACAAAAUUAUUGACAAUCUUUUUUUGUAUUUUAACAAUGGUAAAUUCUUACUGUGUAU